UAUGCACUCGCACUGCACUUUGUUUUUGUGUUCGCUCUGCCUGGCACUGAUCAGGAUUUGCUUGCAUCCUUAUCAGUUUAUUUUUCCGAUAUCAAGUUUUCGCAAUUACUCACCCCAUACGCAGUAUUGGUUUUUCGUUAAUUAAGCCGUAAAUUCGACCUGAUUGGGAAUUCUAGCAAUGGCCCUGAUCAACAUAGAUGGCGAUCCAUGGCUCAGCGAUCUGGAUGCGUGCGAACGAUUGAGCAACGAAAUCCAGUCCCAUCUGGUGGCCCGGAAUCGCCAGGGUCAGCUCUCCCCCGAAUAUUCCUCCAUUUCCGGCCAGGUGCGGGUGCGGCUAAAGCAGUUCGGUUCCGAGCUGGAACAGUUGAACAAAAAGCUACGCUACAUAUCCAGUUCGCUCACAUCGGCCGAAGCUGAACGACGCCAGCGACUGGUCGAGGCCCUCCAAUCCAAGCACGUCCAGCUUCAGAAACAGUUCAGCACCGUGGAAGCAUCGGUCGAACGGGCCAGUCUCUUUGCUACCGGAAGCAAUCGACUGUUCGACGACGACGACGACGAUCCGGCGCUGAUCCGGCCAGAGUCCAGCUAUACGGUGAACGAUUUACGAGCCCAGCAAACGCGAAUACUGGAGGAUCAGAACGAGGGCCUGGAAGCGCUGUCCAAGGUCAUAUCGCGCCAGAAAGUGCUGGCCUCGCAGAUCGGAAAUGAAGUGGAUCGACACAAUGAAAUUUUGGAUGAUAUAGCAGACACAAUGGAAACCACUGAUUCUCGAUUGAAUCGAGAAACGCGUCAGAUUGGCGUCGUCACGGAACAGGAUUCCUCAACGCGUGGCUAUUGGGUAAUAAUCGGAGUGCUAGCUUUGGCCAUUGUGCUGGUGUCGAUUUUACUUUAGCGAACGACUUGUUGGAAUCAAAUCUGGAAUUUGUCCUCGAGCUUGGACAAUAAUUCUUUUUUACUAUCUAUAAAUCACAUGUUAAUGGAAAGUUUAUAUUUACUCUAAUUACUACUACCUACUUAUGCAGAUAAAUUUUAAUUUGAAGCGUCUGAUCUGAUGCAUGUUAUAUUUGUAAGAAAACAUAACUUGGCCUUAGGUGUGCACCUAUGGAAAAAAUAUAAACCAAAUAUCAUUUCAAA